GGACUCGCUUCUGUUUCUGCACUGAGAGAGACAAGGAAGCAAAGCAAGAGGACCGCAGUUGAAGCUCCGGUGACCGGAGAAGAUGAGCUUUCUCCUCAGAAACCGGGGCUCACUGUCUUCCCCUUCUCUUCGCCUCCUCUUCACCAACAGAACCCUCUCCUAUGUUUCGGAGAAAGGAGCAGAAGAGGCUAACCCCACUUCUAUUCACCCAACUGCAGUUGUCCACCCAAACGCCCUCAUUGGUCAGGGAGUUUCAAUUGGUCCCUUCUGUACAGUUGGGCCUUCUGCAAAGGUUGGAAAUGGAUGUAAACUGUACCCGGGAAGCCACAUCUUUGGAAACACAGAAUUGGGGAUCUCUUGCACUCUGAUGACUGGCGCAGUGAUUGGAGAUGAUCUUCCGGGGCGAACGGUUAUUGGUUGCAAUAAUAUUAUUGGGCACUAUGCUGUUGUUGGUGUAAAGUGCCAAGACAUGAAGUAUAAGACAGGGGAUGAGUGUUACCUUGAUAUUGGGGACGACAAUGAAAUCAGAGAACAUUGCUCAAUCCAUCGUUCUUCAAAAUCAAGCGACAAAACAGUAAUUGGUGACAACAACCUUAUCAUGGGAUCUUGUCACAUUGCACACGAUUGUAAGAUUGGAAACAGUAACAUCUUUGCGAAUAAUACUCUUUUGGCAGGCCAUGUUGUGGUAGAGGAUUAUGUGCACACUGCUGGGGCCACAGUUAUCCAUCAGUUUUGUCAUGUUGGCUCUUUCUCUUUCACUGGAGGUGGUUCCGUGAUUACACAGGAUGUUCCCAAGUACGUAAUGGUGGCUGGAGAGAGAGCUGAGCUUCGAGGUUUAAAUUUUGAGGGUCUUCGGCGUCAUGGAUUCUCAAUCACAGAGAUGAAGAGCCUGAGGACAGCUUACCAGAAAAUAUUCUUGCCUUCUGAUCCUACUCAUGCUAGCUUUGAGGAGCGUCUUGCGGAAGUGGAACAACAUGAGUUGUUGGGACAUAUUCCUGCUGUUUGCGAGAUGCUGCGGUCCAUUCACAAUUCUUUUGCUGAAAAUCGACGUGGAAUAUGCAAGUUCAGACAAUGGAGUGGCUCCUGAGGCACAACUAAGUUUAGUCUCUACAUCAAGUUUGGCAGCUUUGUUUUGAGUCUGAGCCAACCCAGCUGACUUUUCCAAUCUUCUCAGGCUAUUGUCUCUCGGAGCUCGUUCAUGUAUGUUGACAUGCCAUAUGUUAGCCGAGCAGCUCACCGCUGAACUGAUUGUGACUCAUUAUUGUAUAUGUAUCAUAGUCUAAGCGAAACGGGCCCUUUGCUCUGUUCACCUUUUUUCAGUUAUCGAUAUAGAACUCGCUAUGCAACAUUUUUCACUGUAAUAAAUGAUCAACUGUGAGCCUGUGAUUCAUUCUCCAUGCUGAUCAUUCAUCUCAUUUUGACUGCUAUACUUUGAUUUUCAUC